UUUCACGUUCCGACAACUGUCCGGUGGCGGCCGGUUGGGGACCGGUGGCUGGUCGUCCCGCGCGCGCGAAAAAACGCGUUCCUGUGUUUUUUUGCGACCCAUUUUCUCUUUUUCUCAGAGUGCGGCUAGAAUCCACGACGUCCAUUCCUAUUCUACUCAGACAGAUCCACCAUGGAGGACAUUCAGACCGUUCAAGCCGAACCUCAGCAACAGCUGAUGGACGAAAAGCUUCGUGAACGAGCCAAGUUCUUUCAAGAAUUUCUGGACAGUGAGCACCAGUUGAACGAAAAAGGAAGUUACCGAACACAGAUCAGCAACAUGCUUGCAACCAACCAACGUCGAUUGAUUGUCAGCAUCGAUGCUCUGCGCCAGUACAAUGCUGCCUAUACAAAAGACAUGUUGAAGAGUCCAGCAGAAUACCUUCCAGCUUUUGACCAGGCAUUGAAGGAUAUUGUAAUGACUAUUCAUGAUCCUACUCGUCACUUUGUUGACGAUCAGCCGUUUUACGUUGGUUUCCGAGGCAGUUUUGGCGAUCAACACGUCAACCCUCGUACGCUUCGUGCCAUGCAUCUGGGCAAACUCAUUUGUAUUGAAGGCAUUGUCACACGAUGUUCUCUUGUCCGACCCAAGGUUGUCAAAUCGAUCCAUUAUGCUGAAAAGACGAAGCAACAUUAUAUGCGUGAAUACAGGGAUGCCACCACGCCCGGCAAUCCCAUCCCCACCGGCGCCGUGUAUCCUACGGAAGAUGACAGUGGCAAUCCUCUGGUGACGGAAUUCGGUUACAGCACCUACCGUGAUCAUCAGACCAUCAGCAUUCAGGAAAUGCCGGAACGUGCACCUGCAGGUCAACUUCCCCGAUCCAUCGACAUCAUUUUGGACGACGAUCUCGUGGAUAAAGCUAAACCCGGUGAUCGUGUCAGCAUUGUCGGUAUCUACCGAUCGCUCGGUAACCGAAAUGCCAAUCAGACGAGCUCGACCUUCAGAACGGUGAUUUUGUGUAAUAACAUCAGCUUGUUGAGCACCAAGGCCGGUGGUGGUAUUGCCGCUCCUACCAUUAACGACGUCGAUAUCCGAAAUAUUCAUCAACUCGCCAAAAAGAGAGGCAUCUUUGAUACCCUCUCACAGUCAUUGGCACCUUCUAUUUGGGGUCACGAGUACGUGAAGAAGGCGGUUCUUCUCAUGCUUCUCGGUGGUGUUGAAAAAAAUCUGGCAAAUGGAACGCAUAUCAGAGGUGAUAUCAAUAUGCUCAUGGUCGGUGAUCCAUCCACUGCCAAGUCACAGAUCUUACGUUAUGUGCUCAAUAUUGCUCCGUUGGCUAUUGCCACUACCGGUCGUGGUUCUUCUGGUGUCGGUUUGACAGCGGCGGUGACGACGGAUAAAGAUACAGGUGAACGCCGAUUGGAAGCCGGUGCAAUGGUGCUUGCUGACAGAGGCGUGGUGUGUAUUGAUGAAUUCGAUAAAAUGAGCGACGUUGAUCGUGUCGCUAUUCACGAAGUCAUGGAACAGCAGACCGUAACCAUUGCCAAAGCCGGUAUCCACACCUCUCUCAACGCUCGUUGCAGUGUGGUGGCAGCGGCUAAUCCUAUCUAUGGCCAGUACGAUCUUACCAAAGAUCCCGCAAAGAAUAUUGCUCUUCCAGACUCACUAUUAUCCCGUUUCGAUUUGCUGUUCAUUGUUACCGAUACAAUGGAAGAAAGCCGCGAUCGUCAGAUUUCAGAGCACGUACUGAGUAUGCAUCGAUACAUUCCUCCCGGUUCAGAAGAAGGUGCACCCAUUGAGGAGUACAUUGACAGUAUUAUGGACGAUGAUCAUGAGGAAGAACAACAAGACGAUGACGACAUUUACGAGAAGUUCAAUCGUUUCUUGCACGCCGGUGUCCAAGCAUCAUCCUCGCGAUCGGCGGCUCCCAAGGUUCUUAAAGCAUCCUUCCUGAAGAAAUACAUUUACUAUGUAAAGAAUAGCUGCAAACCGGUGCUGACAAAACGAGCCACCGAUACCAUCAUCAACGAAUACACAUCCUUACGAAAUGAUAAAGAUGAAAACUCCGUGAAAAAGACGGCACCCAUUACCGCACGUACAUUAGAAACGUUGAUUCGUUUAUCGACGGCUCAUGCAAAGGCUCGAUUGAGCAAUAAAGUGGAGGACAAAGAUGCUAAAGCCGCUGCAGCCGUUCUGCGAGUGGCCAUGUUCAAAGAAGUGAUCCGUGCAAAGAAGACCAAACGAAGAAAGUUGUCCGCGACCUCCGACUCUGAAUCGGAAGAAGAAAGUGAAGCAGAAGAAGAAAUGGAAGAGGAUGAAACACCAGCUCCCACUACUUCAGAAAGAUCUGCGGACGUUGGAGAAUCAUCGAGCAAGGCUCAGCCACCAGUAGAUGCGAUGGAUGAGGAUACAGAUAUGGGUGGUAUCAGUCCUGAAAGAUUACGGGCAUUCCGUGAACGGGUGAAUCAGCUGAUCAACAACCACGAAUUUGGAGAUGGCGAACAAUGUGCUUUCAACGAUUUGUUUGUGGGUGUCAACCGAACAUUGUCUGCCAAUGAAGCAUUCAGUGUGAGCGAAGCCGACGCAGCGUUGCAGGAAAUGUCUUCGGCCAACCAGAUCAUGUAUUCAGAUGGCAUCUGCUACAUCAUUUAAAUUAAAGCGCAGCUACCACUAUUCCUUCAUUGAUUUGUCCUAGAUAUAUUUCUUUUGUUUAUCAUCUUGUUCCUGGAUGUUCAAUUGUCCUUUUGGACCGCAGGGUUUCCUUCGUCAUAUCAUCUAACAAACUAACAAACUAAUAAAAAGAUUUCAUUCUCA